AUGGACACAGCUGGAAGGACACCAAUCGCUUGUCAUGCUCUGGACAAAGAGCGCAAGCCUUUGGCCGGACUGCGUGUGAUGUUGGAAUGCUUUGGCGAGAAUUUCUCCAUCUACGAGGCAUACACUUCUUUCGAUGGUUCUAUCGACACAUGGUAUCCAGUCACAGAACUGGAACUGAACCCCCUUAUCCCCGUUGCUGUCACUUCUCAUGGUCUUUCCACUUGUCGUGUUUCCUUUGCCACGGCCGACUUCCUCGGUGAAGACGGGGGUGCAUGGCCCUCUGUCUAUGUCGACGUGGCUCUGAAGGCAGAUCAUCAGCACUCUGUUACCCUUCUCUACGCUGCUGCUGGCUACGCCGUUGAGGUUGCAGCACAUGCAAUACAGUUCAGUCCGGCGCCGGAGUCAGACGAGUUGCUAGACCAACUCAUCGUUGCCGACCCCCCGCAGGGUCUGCCCAGUCCAGGAUCGUUGUUUCCCCCCUUUGCUGAACAGGAAUUAUCUAUCGACCCAAGCAUUAUCGAGGCCCAGCCUCGAAGGAAAAGGGGUAGGCCACGAAAGCAUCCUGUGAAGGUGGCGGAUCCAGAUGCCCCAAAAAGGAAGAGGGGGAGGCCAAGAAAAAUUGUUCCUAUGCACACCAUGAAGAAAGAGUCGGAGGAUCUGCAAGACGGAUGUGACUUUUAG